GGAGUGGGCGGGGCUCCCUAGGUAAUGGCGGCGUGUUGAGGGGAAGCUGCUGUUCGUUUGUCUGUGUGAGGGAGAAGCUGCGGGCCGCGCCGGCUCUUCUCUCCAGUAGAAUUCCUGAGUUUAUAAUGGCUGCCAUGGGCUUUAAACGGGAGGGUCCACAGUUUAUAAGUGAGUUGGCAGUGCGAGGAAAUGCUGCCAUUCUGGACUAUUGCCGCACGUCUGUGUCUGCGCUGUCUGGAGCCACGGCUGGGAUCCUGGGUCUGACUGCACUGACAGGUUUUGUCUUCUACUUUGUUGCCUCCUUCCUCCUCUCUGUGCUGCUGAUAGUAAAAGCUGGGCGUCACUGGAGCAAGUACUUCAAAUCCCGCCGUCCACUCUUCACUGGAGGCCUGGUCGGGGGGCUCUUCACCUACAUCUUGUUCUGGACCUUCCUGUACGGCAUGGUACACGUCUACUGAGGCGGAAGCCAGGCGGGAGACUGCCACUUAACCCCUCGGACAAUUGGAGCGGUACACUCACUCUCACCUGCAUCCGCUUUUUGAAUCUUACAAUUUAAACCCAUCGUAGUUACAAGCUGCACAGAUACUCUUGCCAGUUGUAAGGUCAAAUUCUUCAGGUUCAGUUGUCAUUCAGUUUUGUACAGUUUUGGGUUGAUUGGUGUGGCUGUACAUUUUCAGAUGCUGUGGGAAUGUUUGAAUCCCAUUACAAAUCCAGAAAAGCAACCGAGCAGCCAGUGUGUUCCUCUGUACUCUAGAGCUGGUCAGUGAGGGGCUGUGGAACUGGCCAGUUCUCGUGGAUGGAGACCCCUGGGGAGGGGUCACAAAUUUCCAAUUCUUUUACCAUGUUGUGAAAAGUGUUUGUUGCAAAGGGGGAGAGGAUUUUUCCUGGAAUUCUCCUCCCCUCCCCUCCCCUUCCCGCUGCCCCCACUUGCCGUUUAAAACCUGGUGUAUGUGUGUGUGUGUGUGUGUGUGAGAAAGCCAGUCACCACCUCCUGCUGCUCGCUGUAUAAAGCACAACUUCUUACGUUACUGCAUGCUACAUGUACCCCCUUGGUCAUUGAUGGCACUGCCCCCAUGCCUGUUCAGGAACAGAGAGCAGUGACUCUGCUUCAUAUGCUUAGUAUCUGGCUUGAGGUUCCUGUGUAAAACAGCUCUGUGGCAGGACAGUUAAUGUUCACCUGGCAUGCAGUGUGGAUUGUGCUUCUCCUUGCUGUAUUGUUGAGUGUGGCCAUCCUCACUCCCUGUCCUGGACUAUGCAAAUCCGAGCCAGUAACAGCAGGUGUUCCUGACCAUGGGAAUGACUGUUCACACAGAGAAAGGAUGGUUUGCAGCAAAGACUGCCACAGCCACGGCAGUUUCUAUAAUCAGACCUGGUUUAUUCUAUGGUUCACGUCCUGCAUUUGGCAAAAUGGAAGGUGGGUAAGCUGCUGAAGUGUUUGAGUCUGGGUUGAUUUAAAAAACAGGCCUGGAGCACAGUCAGGGAGGGCUGGAAUCGGUUUCACUGUCAGACAGGCUGUAACACAUUCAAAAUCUGAUAAUCAGGGAUUUACAAUUAAACCAUUUGUCACUACUGAUGGUAAUUGGUAUGUUUUUAAUGAGACAUCUUUGGCUGUUUUGUGGGAACCAGUGAAUGUUUGAGAAAAUUAGCAAAUAACCUUGUCUUAAUUUGUGUUUCCAGGCCCAGCUGCCUGCUUUUUACAAAAAUAAACUAAACCUGAUGAUCCACA